AUGGGAUCUAAUGCAACAUCGAGGAAGCGCGCCUGUGAUUCCUGCCACCGACGGAAGGCAUGUCAAACCAUACAGUGUGACGCAGCGGCGCCACAAUGCAAUUGGUGCGAACACCACGGCCUGACAUGCACCUUCACUCGCAUCACCCGCCCCAGGAAACAGUCUGGGGCUAAGAGCACGCGAGAACGUAUUGAACGCCUGGAACAGCUCUUGGCCGGAAGGAAAGCGAGCGUUGACCGCCCAGCAGCAUCUGGCACAUCCCCGUCAACAGGCAGUGGUCAAGGCGCUGCCGCACCCAUUCAAGCACAGAACGCCCUUCCAUUGGCACCGCCGGCUCGCUCCCCGGGUGCUUCCUUUGGCAAGCUUCAUUUUGCUGGAUAUCAUCUGGGCGGCAUAUGCUCCCACAACGGCAUUCCUUUUUUCUCAACCGACGGCCAGGAAUGGAUCAAAACUCGCACUGGUACCAGCCCCGCCUUCUCGACGUUGUGCGCCCUUGGACCGCCAUGGCAAAACCAACAACAUGUACAACAAGCCCUCUUGUCUUCGGCCUCGAGCUUGGAACUACCAGAUCGGCAUAUCGUGGACGAGUACUUCGCCGUGUUCCGCUCCUCACCCUUCCGAUUGGUGUUUCCUGUUGUUGACAUAGUCCUUUUUCGAGACACCAUCGAGCUUGCUUAUGAGCCGUGCGAGGGACACCUCUCGGCCGAGCCAAUUAUCGCCAAAGCCUGCGUUUUCUCCUUUCUUGCAAUCAUGACCCUCUUGGAAGCUACAGCCGAAUCAACUGCGAAAGUUAACAGCGACGCAUGCGCAGCGAAAGCGCAAUUCCUGAUGCCUCAGAUUGUCUAUGACACAAACAUGACAUGCCUCGAGAUUUGCUUUAUGCAGUGUAUGUACCACCUCUUCACGGGCAAAAUGCAGAUAGCCGCCAUGUUCCACUCGCUCGCGUGCCGGAUCGUCUUCAUGCUCGGAGCGCACACUCCGUCAACCACAUCUUUCCGCGUCGACACACCUGAGAGAAUGGGCCGAGAGUGGCGAAUCAAGACCCACCUUCGUAAGCUCUUCUGGAUUUGUUACACUUUCGACAAGGACAUAUCAUUGCGUACGGGACAACCUCCGGCAUUGGACGACCAGUACUGCGACCUGACGCUGCCCCCGAUGUAUAUGGACGUACGGUACUGUGCGGACAAAUGGGAUAUGCUAUGUCAGGGCGACAGUGAAGUUCCUCUGCUCCCAGGCGACUUGCGACUAAGCAUAAUCAGCUCCAAGACGAGCAAACUGCUGUAUUCGGCUGAGGCUCUCCAUAAAUCCGAUGCAGAGCUUCUCAGAGAUAUCCGCGAGCUCGACGACGAGCUAGAGCGCUGGCGGGUCUUGAUUCCGGCUGAUUACCGGCCAACGCUAUCCUGCUCGCGGCAAUUCGAGCCGGAUUCCGUUGCCAACACGCCAAAGAUGAUGCACAUCAUCGCCAUCCACUUCGAGUAUCACUUCCUGAUGGCAACGAUCCAUCACGCAAGCUGUCGUUGUCGUGCGUGGGCCAGCUGCGAGAGUGGUGAGAUGGAGGGUAUAAGUUCCAGCUUGGCGUUGUCGGUGGAAGCGAGUCGAUCGACGCUGAUCUACCUUCGCGCCGCUGUGCACGCCCUGUACAGCGAGGCGUUCUGGAUGAUCGUAUUUUACCCCAUGUCUGCCAUUCUGACGAUCUUCUGCAACAUUUUGCUGAACCCACUCGAUCCCAAAGCCAAGGACGACUUGGAGCUGCUUGCGUCGGCGCCACAGCUCAUCAAUGCCAUGCGCAUGCGUCGAUUGACGCCAAAUGAAGUUAUCCACAUGAAGAUGACAGAGGAGUUUGUCUCCGAGCUGACGCGAUUGGGGCGUUGUGCCGUCAACAAAGCUUCUUCUGAUGCGAACGAAAUGGCAACUCAUCAAACUGGCUAA